CUACAAUCGAGAUAAACGUCUUAUUACAAGAUAGGUAUAAUCUUAGUUAUCAGAUAGACUCUCCGUAUAUAUGCUGAAGAUGUUUGCUAAGCAAAUAUUACUUUAGUUACAUCUGAGUUAAGUAGGAAAAGAGAGAAAAUAAUCAAACAAAAAUGACAUCGCGAUUCUAUUUGUAGUUACGUCAUUAAAGUUUAUUUUUGUGUGUAGUUUUCUUUUCUUUUUUAGUAUAUUUUUAUUGGUGUUCGAAAUGUUGCUGGAAAAGCUUUUAGGAUUCGAGAUGGUGCAGUCAGUGUUCGGAGUAUGGGACUACGCCAUCAUGGCGGCCACGAUGGUGAUAUCAAUAGUAAUCGGCUUAUAUUUCCGUUUUAGUGGAGGAAAACAGGCCACUAAUGAGGAAUAUCUGCUGGCAGACCGCAACAUGUCAAUAUUACCAGUGGCCGUAUCCCUAAUGGCUUCAUUCAUGUCAGCCAUCACUUUACUAGGGGUGUCAGCUGAGAAUUAUUACUACGGAAUGCAAUUCGUUGUAAUCAACAUUUCAUACGGCGUCGCCACCCCUAUAGCGAGCAGAUUAUACUUACCAGUCUUCUUUGGGCUACAAAAAACAAGUACUUAUGAAUAUUUAGAAAUGCGAUUUGGACCACAUAUCAGAAUGUUGGCAUCUUUAACUUAUACUUUACAAAUGGUCCUUUAUAAUGGCAUAGUUUUAUAUGCCCCUGCUAUAGUACUCGAGGCUGUGACAGGGUUAGACAGACUGAUCUCUAUAUUAGUCGUAGGCUUAGUUUGUACGUUCUAUUCAACUUUGGGAGGGAUGAAGGCAGUCCUCUUUACGGAUCUCCUCCAAUCAGCUCUUAUGUUUGGAGCUGUGUUUAGCGUCGUUGUGUUCGCUUCCAUGCAAGUUGGAAGCUUCGGACAAAUAUUUGCUAUUGCAAAGGAAAGUGGAAGACUUGACUUUUCAAAUUUCAGCGUGGAUCCUACUGAGAGACAUACUUGGUGGUCCCUGAUUAUCGGAGGAUUGGUGACUUAUUUGUCUUUGUAUGCUGUUAACCACACACAGGUACAAAGGUUGCAGACUGUGAACACACUGGAACGGUCCCAGAAAUGUUUAUGGUGGAGUUGGCCAGUCCUCUCCGUACUGAGUGUGGUGACCUGCAUCAGUGGUCUUGGCAUCUAUGCUGUGUAUAAGGACUGUGAUCCUUUCAUGAGCCACAGUAUUUCAGCGAUUGACCAGUUGAUGCCAUAUUACGUGGUGGAUGCCAUGAAGGAUGUACCUGGCUUGGCAGGGCUCUUUGUAGCUGGUAUCUUCAGUGCCUCGUUAUCCACUAUCUCAGCAUCCUGCAAUGCUUUGGCUGCAGUAACGUUACAUGACUACGUUGGCAGGUGGUGCAAAGUUCCUGCUUCCUACGUGCCGUGGUUGACCAAGUUAGCAGCCUGUGGAUACGGCCUGGUGUUCCUAGCUCUGGCUUUCAUAGCUGAACACCUCGGUGGUGUACUCCAAGCUGCUCUUACUAUCUUCGGAGCCGUUGGUGGACCAUUACUGGGAGUCUUCACCCUUGGAAUGUUCACUACAUUUGCUAAUGAGAGGGCAGUGUCGGUAGCUCUAUUAAGUGGAAUGGCAAUGACGCUGUGGAUAAGUUUCGGAGGGCCCCGACCUCCAGUCGCAAAGUUACCUAUUAGUGUUGAAGGGUGUGGCUUCAACGUCACGCAGGCAGCUACAGCAGCUACAAACCCCAGUGAUUACUUCUACCUCUACAGAAUAUCAUAUAUGUGGACCAGUCCGAUUGGUUUCAUCUGGGUGAUUGUGGUAGGGACGGUGAUAUCGCUCCUAUGGCGACAGAAACAACCUUGGGAACGCCAAGGCAGGUCACAUCCAGACCCUGAACUCUUCACACCACCCUUAGCCAACAGGUUAAGGGCACGGCAUGAAGAAAAACCUGCAGUGCAGUGUAAACUAUUGCAAUCGAACGGCGUUCAAGAUUAAUUUACCAACUGUACUUACUUACGUAUUUAUUUAAGUAGAAAAUUUAAAUUUAAAUUAAGUUAUUUUUUUAUAUAGAUAAAAGGUUUUAUAUUGAUUGUGAUGCUUAUUUUAAUUUGGUUAGAGCUGCUUUUUGUUACAUUCCUAGUUUACGAACAUUCGUUUGGUGCCCACGGUACUACUAAUGGUUCUAUUAGCAGUACCAUAAGAAAAAAAGACUUUGGAUGACUUUUACUAAUUCGACUAAAAAAAAAACAUUUUGCUAUUAAAUUCCCCUAGCAAAGUUCAGUAACGGUAAUAUGGAUUAAUUCGUUGACUAUGCGAUUUGUCGAUAUCCUUCAGAAACCUCAAUACAAUUUGUUUCAUUUUCCAAAGCGAUAAAGAUUAUUGAUAAUUAAUGAUAGUAUCGACGUUGGUGGGAUAGUACUAGAUCAUCUUAACACAGUACUACUGGUAGAGACCAUUAGUAAAUACCUCUUAUAUUAUUAAACUUAAUGCAUAAAUAUUUUGGAUUGAUAUUUUAUACAACUCAUGCACUUGAGUUACCAGAUUUUAUAUUGUUUAUUAUUAACGCAUAAACCAACCAGUCUUAUUUUUUAACGCAACAUGCUUUUAGUUUUUAAUGCAAAUGGCAGAG